AUGUAUAAAUCACCUAUUUUGGAUCAAUUUCAACAUAAUUUACAAAUGCCAUCAUAUUCUACAAUGACUUAUAAUUCUAAUGUAUUAAAUUACCAACCAAAUAUUUCAUUUAUACCCUAUACAGCAAAUGUUAAUUAUUUUAAUGAAUAUAUUCCUGAAUCAAAUGGUAGACAUAUGGCAAUACCUGUAAGUAAUAACAAAAAUAUUGAAAAUCAUAAGACUGAAUUAAUUAUUCCAUCAUCACCUUCAACUAUUGAAAAUUCUACACCACCAACCUACUCACCAGCUAAUGAAACGUUUCCUACACAUUUAUCUAAUUCUCCUGAACAUUUUCCAAACUCUUCACAAAGAUAUGAUGUUCAUUAUGAUAAUAAUCAAACAAAUUACUCAUCAAUGCCUUAUAAUCCACCAUUCCAUCAACAAUAUCAGGUACCAAUAAAUCUUUCUGGAACACAAAAUUUACAAAAAUAUACUAAUAAUAUAGUUACAAAUUCACAAUAUCAAUAUCAUACAAUUCCAGAAAAAGAUAAAGAUGAAUUUAAACGUAGACCAUAUACAAAGCAUAAUAGAAUGUCAAUUCAUGCAAAUAGUGUUUGCUGUAAUUGUGGAACAACUAAAACAACAUUAUGGAGACGAAGUGAAAGUGGUGAACCUGAAUGUAAUCCUUGUAAUCUUUAUUUCCGAGCAAACCGUAAACCACGCCCACAACAUUUAAUGAAAAAAACUAUUUUAAGGAGAGCCAGAAGAAGACCAGCUACUAAAAAUUUUUCUGAUAAUCCAAAUAUGUCAAGUGAAAAUAUUCUUGAACAACCUCUUCCUAGUGAAUUUACGGAAUAUUUUCCAUCAUUUUAA